AUGAAAUCCAAGUCAACCUACAACGACACUCCGGAUAACUCGUUUAAGGAUGGUAAAACAGAAGGAGAAACACAAGAAUUGCAAGUAUUUAACUUCGCUUGUUUAUCCAAUGCUACAAACAACUUCAGCUUAAAAAAUAAAUUGGGAGAAGGAGGGUUUGGGCCAGUUUAUAAGGGUCAACUGCAAAACGAGCAGGAAAUAGCAGUGAAACGACUGUCUAAAAGCUCUGGACAGGGGAUUGAAGAGUUCAAGAACGAAGUUGUACUGAUUUCCAAACUUCAGCACCGUAACCUUGUGAGAUUGUUGGGUUGCGGCAUUCAAGGAAAAGAAUACAUGUUAAUUUAUGAAUUCAUGCCCAAGGGUAGCCUGGAUGCAUUUUUAUUUGACCCAAGUAAGAAUGCACAACUGGAUUGGGAUAAGCGCUUCAAUAUUGUUGGAGGGAUUGCUCGGGGACUUCUUUACCUUCACCGUGAUUCUCGUUUAAGAGUUAUUCGUAGAGAUCUCAAUGUCAGUAACAUUUUAUUGGAUGAAAACCUGACGCCUAAAAUUUCAGACUUCGGAAUGGCAAGGAUAUUUGGUGGUGACCAAAUUAUUGCUGAAACUAACCGGGUUGUUGGUACAUUUGGUUACAUGUCCCCAGAGUAUAUAAUGGGAGGCAAAUUUUCGGAAAAGUCAGAUGUCUUUAGUUUCGGGGUAUUGAUACUAGAAAUUGUCAGCAGUAAGAGAAAUAACAGCUUUUACAAUCCUGAACAACCUUCAAACCUUCUGCUUCAUACUUGGAAACUUUGGAAAGAAGGAAAAUGGUCAGAGGUUGUGGACGAGACUUUGGGUGAUUUAUAUUCUCCAUCAGAAGUGAUAAAAUGUAUACAAAUAGGUUUGCUAUGUGUUCAAAAUAGAGCAAUAGACAGGCCAACAAUGGGUGAAGUAGAUAUCAUGCUUACCAGCGAAACUAAUCGUCCAUCUCCGAAAGAACCUCCGUAUACUUCAUCAGAUAAGGCAGAUUCGGGGCCAACUCGCUGCUCAAACAAAAAAAACCAACUCCUUAUUUACAAGAGAACUGAAACGCUCCAUCUAAAGAAGCUUGAAGUACUGAUUCGUAAAGCGAGGACUGUCGAAAAUUUCAAAAUUGUUUUGCCUGCUCAAGAAGAUUCAUCGUCUUCUAAUGGUACUGUCGUUGUUUCGGCUACUUCAGGUAACAAAAAAGAGACAGAAGCUCCUGUUCCAGAAGAUAAAGAUAACCAUGUUACUUCGUCGUCCAAAGGUGCUGGAGAUAUUUUGUUAUCAUCUCUGGGUGUUAAAGAUGUUUUGACUACAUCUCUUCCUGACAAAGAAGAAAAAAAUCAGAUAGAAAAAGUUUCACUUGUUUCUCAGGAGGUUCAUGAUAACCCAAUUACAAGAUCUCAGUUUAAUGACUUUUAA